AUGUCUUGGUGUGCCUCUUCUACUUCGUGUUUUGCCGCUUCAACAUUCGAUGCAAUCCCUUCUUCAUCUUCUUCUUCAUUGUUCUGUGCUCGGUCAUUAUGCUUCUCACAGAGCCGUUUAUAUGGAACAACUUACAAAAAAAUUUCCUCAUUUCCUUCAUCGAAGGAAUACGGAUUUCCUUCCUCCUCAUCCUCAAAAAUGCUCGUUACUAGAGCUGCAGAAUACAAAUUUCCUGACCCAAUUCCUGAAUUUGCUGAUGCCGAGACGAAAAAGUUUAGAAACCAUCUUCUGAAGAAACUUUCGAAGAAAGAUGUGUAUGGGGAAUCAGUUGACGAAGUUGUAGGUGUUUGCACCGAAAUAUUCAGUACUUUCUUACACUCAGAAUAUGGAGGACCUGGGACACUAUUGGUGUUACCAUUCAUAGACAUGGCCGAUACUGUAAAUGAGAGGGGAUUACCAGGAGGGCCACAGGCUGCACGUGCUGCUAUCAAGUGGGCUCAAAAUCAUGUUGACAGUGACUGGAAAGAAUGGACUGCUUCUGGUACCAACUGAAAAAUGAAAGAAACAAGUAGAACCCUUUUUGUAUCUUAAUUUUAACGUUAAUUGUGUCUCUUUUUAAGACGGGCUAGUAGUAAUAAAUCCAUUGAUAAUGAGUGUAAUCAGAAAUUUGAACUUUUUA